AUGAAGCAAAGUUUAUUAUAUUUUAUUUGAAUAUAUUUCUAAAUUAUUAAAUUGAAAGUGUGUGAAAUGUAAAUUUCAUCGAGUUUAAUCUACGAAGGACAGGGUGACGUUAAGCGUUAUCGCGUUGAGAUCUCAAUUGUUGAAACUUGAUUAAAUUAAAACCAAGAUCCUGAAUCUACACUGGAGAAAAACACCAGUUAAAUUGAUCUUAUUUAACGCGCAAGCAAGUUAAUUGAAUUACUCGUUAAAUUAAGAUUGAAUUUGACGGCUCUUUAAAUAAAGCUGCGGCAGGACCGUAAUCAUGACAAGAAAAAUUCCUGAUUGAAAAUUCCGCAUGAUGAACGAUCGACAUCCCAGCACGCCGAUCGAUCGAUGGCGAGUGAUAUAUACGAUAAAAAAUUUCAAAUAACAUUACGAUUUGGAAAACGUCUCUCGUGGAAAAUGCGUUGGAUUUUGUUACCAUUGUUGACGUUGGUGCGUGCGAUAUGGUGCGCGCACGGCGCCUGCGAGCCGAUCAGAAUCGAGAUGUGCCGUGGCCUUGGCUACAAUGUCACUGUCAUGCCGAAUCUAGUAGGUCACGAGAUCCAAGGCGAUGCCGAUUUUACUUUACAAACGUUCAGCCCGCUCAUUUCAUACGGAUGCAGCGCGCAAUUGCAUCUGUUUCUGUGUUCGGUGUACGCCCCAAUGUGUACCGAGAAGGUCCCUGCACCUAUCGGUCCCUGCCGAGGUCUGUGCGAACAAGUGCGGGCUCGCUGUUUCCCGGUUCUUCAGGGAUUCGGCUUUCCCUGGCCCUCCGCGUUAAAUUGUUCCAAGUUCCCACCGGAAAACAAUCACCAACACAUGUGCAUGGAGGGACCAGGCGAACCAGGACCGGCUAAUCCAAUCCAGGCGGUGAGCACCAGCAAUGGACCUUGGGGCUGCUCCUGGUACGCCAAAUCUGGAUUGUACAUUUUCCUGAAUCGCUCUGGAAGAUGCGCCGCCGCUUGCGAUGCCGAUAUCCUUUGGUCCCAGAAGGACAAGAAGCUCGCGGAGGCUUGGAUGGCCGUAUUUGCGACCGUGUGCCUCGUCUCCGUCGCGAUUGCUGUCCUGACACUUUUGAAACCGCGCAAACGGCCUAUACUGACCACUUCCGCAGAGCGUGCUAUAGUCUUCUUGACGAUUUGUCAUGCGGCAGUCGCAAUUGGCUACGUGAUUCGAUUGGCUGCCGGCCGGCUAAACGUCGCUUGCACCCCCGCGAUUCCGUUACAUCCGCAGGACCAAGCUGUCUUGGUCCAACAACAGCAGCAACAGCAACAGCAGCAACAGUACCUAACGCAAGACGGCCUGGCUAAUCCGUAUUGCGCCGUCGUUUUUUUGCUACUCUAUUAUUUUGGAAACGCAGCGAUUGUUUGGUGGGUCGUGAUAUGCGCGUGGUGGUGCAUAAUGGCCAGAAAAUGGACGAGAACGGCUGGCAACUACAAGGAGGAUAGUUUCGGACCACAACAGGGAUGCUCAACCGUCGCCGCUGUCGCGGCCUGGGGCCUUCCUGCUGCACACACUAUCGCCGUGCUAGUCACGAGGGAUGUCGAUGCCGACGAGUUGACCGCGAGUUGUUUCGUCGGCCAGCAAAACGCGCAUUCCCUGCUCGUGUUAGUGCUGGCGCCGCAAUUUAUCUACCUAUCGUUCGGCGCAACGUUCCUUUUAGUUGGUUUGGCGACGUUGAUGUUACCGCGACGGCCAGCGGUGACACCGACGUCGACGUCGAUGUCGGCGUCGUCGUCCUCGUCGACGGCGGCGGCGGCGGCGGCGGCGGCGGUUUUAACGGCGCUGACGGCGUCCCACGCGAAUCCGUUGAUGCGGCCGCAGCGUGAGAUCCCCGGCAAAUCGUCCCCAGCCGAGAUUCACCGGCGGCAGAAGCAGCUGUUGACUCGCGUCGGCAUAUUCGGCUGCCUCUACGCCAUCCUGAUAAUCUGCCUCACCAGCACAACUUUCUACGAAUGGUGGGGAAGAGAGACGUGGCUUCGAGCACCGGAACCGUCAACGGUGCCGCGCGUACCCGCUCGACCUCUCUUGCAGUUUUUCGUCCUACGAUUAGUGGUGACCCUUGGUGCCGGCGUUGUGGCCGCCGCGUGGAUCUGGUGGCCGGAAGUUACGAGCGCGUGCCGUAAGCUGCCGCACUGCAAGCAACCACCGCAUAAAUGCCAUCCGGUGCCCGUCGUGCACUGUUACAACCCUGGCACCGCCAGCAACCCCAUACCUCAUCAGAUUCAUCAUCUCGCUCAUCUGACGCCGCCGCAACAUCCUCUGUUGCAUCAGCACGCAACGUUAGCGAAUUCGCAGAUGCCACAUAGGAACCAUAAGAAGCAUCGGAAACACCGGAAGCAUUAUCAUUCCGGUAGCGAAACGCAAGUUUGAACGCGUCGCAUAGCGUAUAUACGUAUAUACAUAUAUAUAUAUAUAUGUUACAGUUCGUUAUUCGUUCGGAGUGCCUUAUCUUAGUAUCUUGGAUAUGACACUAUGAUAGGGCACUAUGAUAUUUAUAAUCUCCGAUUUUAUAUUUGACAUCAGCUUAAGUCUAAGUUUAAAUAGUCUUAAAAUUCCAUCCAACGCGAUAACAUCGUCAUCUAGACAUAAUAUUUGAAACGAUCUUAAAUGUAAGCUCGGACUGCGAAUACUGCCCAUAAAAAACGAUACAAUGUAAUAUCCUUAAUUGUAUAUUUGCCUGCCAAUUUUUCCCACGUAUAAUAAUAACGUAAAAUCAUUCAUUUUUUGAUUAAGUUAUUUAGCGUCUUAAUGUCAUCAUUCAUUCGUCAUUUGACAAUUAUUAAUUAACAUACGUACGUGUCGCUUUUUCGUCCCAUAGUUGUAAUACAAUACGUAAAUUUCGUGGCAUUUUUCAAGUUUGUAAAUCGCGUGCCAAAGUCCCGUAGAACUUAAUUUUAAAAGGAUAUAACAUUGAAUUUUUAAUCGCGUCGCUAGACAAGUAAAAUUAACGUCUUGCUUUCGUUCUUUUUAAUUGAUAGAUUUAUAGGAAGAUGUUUAUGUAUUCCAUUGUGUAUCAUAUAUCGUUGUCGUGAUAACAUACGGCAGCGUAUGUCUUCUGUAUACGCCAUUGAAUUUAACCCGCAUGUCCAAAUAUUCGUGCAGGGGACGAGAGAACGAUGAGUGCUAAAUUUAAACCUUGAAGAAUAAGCCGACGAGGGGAAGAAUGUGCGUCCGUUUCGAUCUCGGUUUAAACUCGUGCAACGCCAUAAUCGCGCGUAAAUGCACAUGUACUGAUGUAUGUACAUAAAUGAUAAAAUAUGCAGCAUAUAAUUAUAGAACGAUCGCACCUUGAUUCUGUGAUGUAUAAAUUUCUAGCGGUGCGAUUUCUUAUAUGCAAGUAUGCAACUUGAACCUUUAUCAGAAAAUAAAUUUAUAUUAAUUUGUAAGAUAUCGAUUUUUCUUCAUAUAUUUAUUAAAACAUCCUUUUUUUUAUUCCUUUGUAAAUGGAUAUAUAUAAAUGAGUUUGGAUUUUAUAAAAAAUAUGAGAAAUAAACAUGCACACAUAUUUGCAUGAUUUAGUGUGGUACAUAUAUACGUAAGAGAUUAUUUAAAAUCAUCAUUAACACAAUACAUAAUACAGAUAUAUUAUAAAGUACAUAUAUAUACUAGUUUCUAUUAAAAUAAUUCACUGUACAACAGAAUAACGACAGAUUAUUGUCUAGCCAAUUAUUUUAGGUUAUGUUAAAUGUUUGGUUAUGUUACAAGAGGCUCUGCUGAGGUUCAGUAGUGAGUAGAGUGCAAUGUGAGUAAAGUCAGGUAAGCAGAAGCUGAACCAGAGCUGGCAAUUAAGAACAAUAAAGAUAAAACAGAUUUAAUAAAAAUUGAGGUUAUGUAGAUAGUCGUGAGACGAGGGAUAAAACUACUUGAAAAAUAACAUCGAAUAUUAUUAAAAAAAAAAAAGGAACAACUUGAACAUCUUAUAUUGACAAAAUU